UAAGGGACAAAUAUAAAUCUAGUAUUCGAUUUUUGUUUAUAUUAUGAGGUCCUGUCUUUGAACAACUUCCUUCAAAAGAACUUAGCCAUAUCAAUGCUCAUUUCACAGGCAGAGUGAUUUAUGAUAUUAUUUUAAAAAGGGAUUUGAUAUAUAAAAUAAACUUUAUGGCACUCUCAGUUGUAAAGCUUGCACAACAGCUAGUAGGCAAAUGGUAGCUAUCAAUCAUGUGGAUGAUGCUUGGAAGCCCAUAUCUUUUUGGAACAGAAGGAAUAUUAAUAAAUUCCUUCUCUGAAUCGUAAUGUCUUUCUCUUCCCACAGGGACCUUUUGGCUGCUUGAAUAAUGCACGUUAUGGCAUCUCCUGGGGAGCACUGGGUGCUGCUGAGUUCUGUAUGCAUACAGCCAGGCAAUAUACUUUGGAUAGAAUCCAGUUCAGAGCCCCCUUGGCAAGAAACCAAUUGAUCCAGAAGAAAUUGGCUGACAUGCUCACGGAAAUCACUAUUGGCUUACAGGCUUGUCUGCAACUCGGGCGCUUGAAAGAUGAAGACAAGGCAACUCCUGAGAUGAUCUCUAUGCUGAAACGGAAUUCCUGUGGGAAAGCCCUGGAGAUUGCCCGGCAAGCUCGUGACAUGCUUGGGGGCAAUGGAAUUGCUGAUGAAUAUCAUGUUAUCAGGCACGUUAUGAAUUUGGAGGCAGUUAACACAUAUGAAGGGACUCAUGAUAUCCAUGCUCUCAUCCUUGGAAGAGCUAUCACUGGACUUCAAGCAUUCACAGUUGGGAAAUAAACACAUUUCCCUAGACUUUAGCUUUCCUCUACAUGAUUCCAGUUGUGAACAUCACUCGAGAUGGUUUAUGAUGCUGGAAUAUCUUUUUAUAAGAUGAGCAUGAGUGCUGCUGCUGACCAGAUUGUGAUCAAAGUAUUCAGUUCAACUUAAUUAUUUGUAAGCUGAAAGAAAUCAGGCAUUUAAAAAUUCUCUGUUGUUCACCAAAAAUACAGAAAGAAGUUAAAAGUGCUGCAUUGUGCUAAAGGAAAAACUUCUUUCUAAUUGGUGGAAGGAUAACACUGUGGUCUAGGAAAUGUUUUGGAAUUGUCUAAUUGUUUUUGAGACAAACGAUUUUGGGGUGUAACUGUAGGUAUUUGAUACUUUAAAGCUGACUGCUGUUCCAGAGCCCAGGCAGAGCCUUGAGGUUUAUACCAGAGUGGGUAAUCUACAAUUUAUAGUUUUAAAAAAUCCAGGUAAGAUUUUUCUUUUUUGUGGAAGAGGAAAUUGUAAUACUUGCAAACAGAGAAGGUGGAAAUCAGAAUGUACUACCUACUCUGUGUUUUUCCUGCCAUUUGACAUAACGAGCUGCUGUUUUCAGUGCCUUCAUCGACAGUGUUAAAUAAAGACUGAUUUUUUAAAAUAUUAGAACACAUUUUAGAUGGUGUGUUAAGCUAUUUCAGCUCGGAUCCUUGCCCCUUUGAAUAAGGUCCCCUUUCUGCUUUCAAAAAUAAAUUUAAUGUGAUGAAUUUCCAACAGUAGUUUGUGUAGGAUAAUUAGUUGAAACCUGACAUGCUUAUAUUAGUGACCAAAGAAAAUUGGCCUUUCCUGUGAGCAGUUCUUUCAUAUCUUUACUAGCACUUAAAAUUAUUAAAACUCUUUGGAGAGAGAUUAAAUAGAGAAAACAAUCCAUUUCUACCCAAGGGGACUGUUGAGUGGCACUGUUUGUCAUAAGUUUAGUGACAAAACUCAACGGGCAUUGAGUUUUGUCACUACACUUGUAAGAAAUACUUGAAGUUGUCUUUAUUUAAAGCAGUAAAGUACUAUUUGAACCUUUUGGCUGUUACACUUCUGCUUUGGUAAAGAAUUCAGAAAACAGUGAGUGGGGUAUGACAAUUCUGAGUUCUUAUUGUUAGAGUUUGGAUAAAAUGUAGUGAGUUUGGCUUGAAGGCUGAUGCAUGGUAUUCCAAAAUCAGUGAUUUUGGGCUAUAUUUUGCAAAUGGCUGGGAAUUUUAUGAACACACACACACACACACACACACACACACACACACAC